AUGGAGCUGGGGAUUGGCUGGGGAACCCGAACUGAGAGUGAUGGAGAGCAGCCACCUAGAGGUGAGGAUGUAGCAGUCCCUGCGGGGAGUUGCUGCCUUUCCCCUGUGUAUUAUUUUUAUUGCUUUCUGUCUAAAUCCCAGGAAUUACACCAGGAAUCUAGCAUGGAAUUGAAUAACAGCACGCAAGAUGAUGUUCUGGAACGCCUAGCUGAAGCCGAGAAGUUAGUGGUGGAGCUGAAAGACAUCAUCAGCCAGAAGGAUGCUCAGCUCCAGCAGAAGGACGAUGCUCUGCAGGAGGAGCGUAAAGCUGCUGAUAACAAAAUUAAAAAAAUAAAACUUCAUGCAAAAGCGAAACUGACUUCUUUGAACAAACACCUCGAAGAAAUGAAGGCACAAGGAGGGGCUGCUUCGCCUACAUCUACUGAACCUCAGCCCGCGGAGCCGCUCUCCAAGCAUGAUAAGAAUUCCACAGAAGAAGAGAUGAAAGUAGAAGAGAUAAAACGUGAACUCCAGGAGAAGGAGAAAUUAAUUAGCCCUUUGCAAGCCCAGCUUCACCAGGCGCAGUCAGAACAAGCCGUGAAGGCCGGAUUCUCACAGCUGCUGGAGGAGAAGAAUACCCUCUCCAUCCAGCUCAGCGACGCCAGCCAGAGUCUCCGCGAGAACCAGCAUCACUACAGUGACCUCUCCAAGCACUGCGCUGUCCUGGAGAAGCAGGUGCAGGAGCUGCAGGCGGGGCCACCAAAUGUAGAUGAUGUUCCAGGAGCGCAGGAAAUGAAUGGAAAGAGAAAGAGGGAUCCGGAAGCCACAGGGGAGCCACAGCCAAGAUUGUCUGAAGUCCAGCAGCAGCUCUGCAGCACGAAACAAGAAGUGAGUGAGUUAGAGAAGCUGCUAGAAGAAGAGCGAGACCAAAGAUUGGCCAUUGAGAACGCACUCUCCUUGGCCAAGGAGCAGAUCAGAAGGCUGGAGCAGAGUGAAUGGGAUUCGGUCCGGACUCCUAUCAUUGGUGCCUGUGGCUCUCAGGAGACGUCAGUGUUGAUUGACAUCCCGGGAAGCAGCUGCCGUAGGACCCGGAGUGGCGCUGGAUGGAAGCGGGUUCUGCGUUCACUCUGCCAUUCCCGGACCCGAGUGCCACUGCUUGCAACCAUCUACUUCCUGAUGGUUCACGUCCUCCUCAUCCUGUGUUUCACAGGUCAUCUAUAAACUCCUCACUCGACCACAGCUCUCAGAACUUGUAAUUCCUUCAUCUCUAAUGUCAGAAUUGUAGUUUUUAGAACAGCCUUCCCACUUCCAAGAUCCAUCUGCAUCUCCUUGGAAAGUUCCCAUAACAACAGAGGUGGCUGUGAGGACAGGUUAGAACGCAAGGCCUGGUGCAUCCUGUUUUCUGGAUGUCCCUCCAUAGGAGUCCUGAAGCCACUCGGGAGCUGGAGCAUCACAACGUCUAGCCUCAAGAACCCCUGAGCUACAGCACGCGGGUGGGGGUUAUUCUGUCUUCAACGCCAUUGUCACCCGGCUCUGCGAACAGGGCUGAGGCAAUGGGAAGAGAAGACAAAACAGCUGAUCCAGACCUGAGAGCAGAGGUCACGAGUGACACCACUGUGCCUGUCCUCCCCUUGCUCACCGCCGGCUUUCUCAUCGUGGACAUGAUGUCUUCCCUUCUGUGCUCGUCACCUGAAGAAGGGAGAGGACUGGUGGCUCACUGAUCAGCUCUACUUCUAUGGCGAUUACAUUUUAGUCACAACAUCCCAAGGACUUUCCUGAACUAUUGUAAAUUAAUAAAGUGUUAUUUUCGGAAUGAA